UUCAUUAGCAGUACAAAAUAAAUUGUUCGUAUUCGGUAAACUAGCGGUGCUUUUUUUAUAUAAAAAUGUCCUUCCCAUGAGCAGAAUAACAGAGCAAGCAAUGCGUUGUAUAGCGGCGCCAUUGAAACCCGCAGAUGGGCGGUGGUGAGCUCAAGCCCGGAUGUUAGAGCGGCUCUGUGACGGGCUGAAGCAGAUGGGAUCCAUGGUGAAUUUGGGUAAAAGGCGGAAGACUGCGUAUCAACAGGGCGAAACAGAGAUGCUACACAGCUACAACCGCUAGUCAGCUAACUGUUUGUUCCAGCAUGCAGGAGUCAAAAAUAACUGAUAAAUUUCAACUGCCAGCAUCCUUGCAUAAGGAACCAUAACAGGACAGCUCACACCAUCUUCUAUACUCUGCUAAGCUGACCACAAAGGAUGGCGAGCAGGAGGAAAUCAACCACCCCCUGUAUGGUUCCUCCUCAAGAAGCCAUAGACUCAGAUCAGGAGGUGGAGGACGUUAUGGACAUCACAGACCCUGAGGAUAGCAACAAAGUGGCUGCAGUUUAUUCUGAGGUUCCUGGUCUGUCGGAGGAUCAAGCUGAGGAUGCUGAUGUUGGGCAGGAUGUCGGGUCAGAUCCGUACUUGGAAUUGAACACAGCUGAAGGGGGAUACGAGUGCAAGUACUGCAGCUUCCAGACUUCAGAGCUGAACCUGUUCACCAUGCAUGUGGACACAGAGCACCCCGAUGUCGUCAUUAAUGCCUCCUAUGUGUGUGUGGAGUGUGACUACCACACCAAAAGCUAUGACACACUUCAGGCCCACAAUGCUCGGCUGCACCCAGGCGAGGACAACUUCACGCGGACGAUGGUGAAGCGAAACAACGAGACCAUCUUCCAGCAGACGGUCAAUGAUCUCACCUUCGAUGGCAGUUUUGUCAAAGUGGAGGAAGACGAGGCGGAGGAAAUAUCCCGCAAAGCCAUCCCUCUCAGCAAAACUCCCAUCAUGAGAAUCAAAAGCAGACCGGAGCCUAAAAAGUUCACCACAGCUCAUAAGCUGGCAGUUGACGACGUCAUAAAAGUAGAGAGCGAUGAUGAAUACGACGACAGUCAGGAGCCGCCCACUCUGUCCCCAGCUCCGACUCCUGCUGCGUCCACCCCGCGUCUCAUCCCCGUCUCCACACCGGUGCAGGUUCAGACCAUCCCUCAGAGCAUCAUGGUGAACAGCCCCAACAUGCUGCAGAUUAAAGGGGGCUCUGCAGCAGGCAGCUCUGUUCUGCCCCCGGGGACUUUGGCCCAGGUUCUGUCUGCCUUGCAGAACCAGCAGAGCACCCAGACCCAGCUCCUGAUCCCCAUCAGCAGCAUCCCCACCUACAACAGCGCCAUGGACAACAACGUCCUGCUGGUCAGCGCUUACAACAGAUUUCCGUAUCCUUCGGCAUCAGAAAUCAUCGGCUUGUCGACACAGACAAAGUUCAGUGAGGAGCAGAUCAAAGUCUGGUUUUCUGCCCAAAGGCUCAAACAUGGAGUCAGCUGGACACCAGAGGAGGUGGAGGAGGCGAGGAGAAAGAAGUUUAACGGCACAGUUCAGACAGUUCCCCAGACCAUCACUGUCAUCCCCGCAAACAUCGGCGCAGCUACAAACGGACUGCAGUCCAUCUUUCAGACCUGUCAGAUUGUUGGACAGCCAGGUCUUGUCCUCACUCAGGUGGCCAGCAGUGGGAGCACUGUCCCCGUAGCGUCUCCCAUCACUUUGACUGUCGCCGGGGUGCCUGGAAACCAGCCCAAAGCAGCCGAAGCUUCAGCCCCUGAAUCCAACGCAGAGGUUUCAGCUUCGUCUGCGAGCACAUCGCUCAGUUUGGAUGCAACAGCUACCAAACCGAAGAAGUCCAAAGAACAGCUGGCAGAGCUAAAAGCCAGCUACAGCAGGAGGCAGUUUGCCACGGAGGAGGAGAUCUCAAGGCUUAUGGAGGUUACCAAACUCUCCAAAAGGGCAAUAAAGAAGUGGUUCAGCGACACACGUUACAACCAGAGGAACUCAAGGGAUCACCAUAGCUUGCUGCUGAGUGAAACUUCAUCCAGCAGGGCAGCAUUCUCAGGAGCAGGCAGAGCAGGGAGGAGCAGCAGCACCAGCUUUACUGAAAACAUCAGCGGUGAAACACUGUCAGACUUCACCACCGCCGCAGUCAAUGCACCCACAACCACCUCUGCCACCACCAUCGUUAUAGACUCUAGCGACGAUGCCAGUGACUCUUCGCCCACCACCGCCAUCGCUCCCGGUUCUUCUGGGUCAACCGGCGAACCACGUGUCAAAUUCCGCCACGCCUUUCCCGACUUUACGCCACAGAGAUUUAAGGAAAAAACUACAGAGCAGUUGCACGUCCUGGAGGCCAGCUUCCAGAAAUCAGACAUGCCUUCAGACGAGGAGCUGAGCCGGCUGCGUGCGGAAACCAAGCUGACGAGACGGGAGGUGGACGCCUGGUUCACAGAACGACGGAAAACACCUUUGGCAGCGCUGUUAAAAGACAGCGAUACUGAGAUUGAGGAAAAGGUGAAAUCCAUGACGCCUGUAGGAUCUGAGGAGACACAGACCACCGGCCAUGUUGGGAGGAAAAUCCUGAAGAAGACCCCAGCGCAGCUUCAUAUUUUGAAGAAAGCCUUUGUUCACUCACAGUGGCCAACUUCUGAGGAGUACGAUCAGAUGGCGACGAAGACUGGCCUGCCACGGACCUACAUCGUCAACUGGUUUGGAGACACACGUUACGCCUGCAAAAACAGCAACUUGAAGUGGUACUACCUGUACCAGAGUGGCAAGGUGGACGAGGCAUUGAAUGGUGCAGGAAAAGGCCAGAAAAAGUCCAGGAAGCGGUUUCGUGGUUGGUCCAGGAGGACACGCCGGCCGUACCCUUGCAAGCGUUCUCCACAAGGUGGCGUAGGAGUCAUCAAGGUGAAGUCUGGAAAGAUGUUUCUUAAGGAUUACUACCUCAAGCACAGAGCUCUGAACGAAAGAGACCUGGACGAUCUGGUGACAAAGUCCAAAAUGAGCUAUGAGCAGGUGAGAGACUGGUUCUCUGAGACCACCAGGAAGGCAGAGGAGGGAAAGGAGCCAUUCAGCGAUGAGGAGGCAGAGGAGGAUGGCGAAGAGGAGGAAGAAGAGGACGAGGCGGCAACAGCUGAGUGUAGAGACAGUGAAGGAGAAAUGGAAGCAAAAGAACAAGGAGAGGUGGCAUCAAAUGAUGAGUGCAUAAGGGAAGAAAAGGAGAAGGACCCCAAUCAGGAAGAGGAGGAGGAGGAUGCUGUUCAGGAGGAAUCUGAAGGUGUCAGCCAUUCACAGCCUCAGACUGAGGAGCAGACAUGAGCCAGCAGAUUCAGCAUUGCUGCCCCCACUUUGGAGCCAACACAUAAGAUGAUCCAUAUUAGUGUUUCUCAGCUGGCGAGUCGGGCCCCACAGACGGCCACAGAAAGCUCAGACAGAUCAUGCCACAUCAAAUAAUGCUACAUGAUUGAGGUUUGUGCCUUGAAAUUAAGAUGGGGUAAUAAUGCAGCUGAAAAAUUACUGAAUCGGAGGUGAUGCAGGACUCACACCCUGCGUGGAUUUUGUUUCUUCUGGGUGAUGGACAGUGGGGACCAAGUGGAUGCACAAAGCAAAGCCUUUCACCAAACAAUAUGUACGCAAGUUCCUUUGCUGCCGUCUUAUAAGGAAUGGGACUAUUUAGGACCUUUAGGUCCAUUUUUCUUAUAAAAGAAACUUUGUAUAAAGAAAAAAAAGACAUCCAAAACAUUUCUACUUAUGUGAGACCUUGCAUGGUUUGUCUCUUUUUGUGAAUCAUGAACAUUUUUCUCAAGGAAACUUUUUUUGCUCAAACCCAGUAGACAUUCUUUUUUUGCCUCGCAGGAAAAGCAGUUUUUAAAACUUGAGCUUUCUGUGAAUUAAAAAUGCAAUUUAGUGCCAUUGAGUUCAGUUUUUUUUUUUUUUUAAUUAAGAAAAUUUACCACUGGAACAAUUUUCAAUAUCAGUGUUUUAACCAUUUUGUAUUGUUUUUCCCCAAAUCAGUUUACAGUCCUAAAACAAUAUUUGUAAUAACUGGAUCAAUUAUACUGUUUUAAAAAUUAUACAGACUGGGAUUGGGGUCCAUUCAGUUUCAGUUAAAUUUGAUUUCUCUGAAACAAAUAGAGGAGGUGUGGUGUAAUCCCGCCAGAGCCAAAAUCCUGCACCACAAAUGUGUUCAGCAUUAGAAAUGCAGUAAAUUCCCAACUCUGAAAACCCAACUACUAUAAAAACAGACUGAUUAAGAAUUUAAACAACAUUGAAAUGUGUUGCUCGUAAAGGGAUAAUUGUGAACUUUAUUGGGUUCACUUCACAGGUUGUGAUCAGUAAAUAACACUUGGGUGAAAGAGUUUUCCAGUCAACAUUUUGUCAGAUUAAGUGAAAUUCUGCCACUUACAACACCAACAACACCCAUUACAAAAAUGUCUUAGGAGCAAUGUUAUGGGCGGGAUUACAUGGUAGAACUUUACUUAUUUUGAUGCCUCAUGGAGAGGGACAAAGAUCUGAGCACUACUGCAGCUGUUGUAGAAAUAGAUGGAAUAAUGUUUGGGUCUGCUAAUAGUAUUUGCUUGUGGUUACAAGUGUCGCUGAAUUCUCUUUGUAGACUCGAGUCACAUCACUGAGUCAAAUUAAGAAAAUUUCACUUGACACAAAUUAACUUCAGCAAGGUGUGACUUUAAAUAGACUACCUUUUUAUGUAAAUAAUUAUAGUAUAAUUUACAUAAACUAUUCCAAAACUACAAAUUAAGCAAGACAACAAGGUACUACAAAGUUGAAUAGGAGAAAUUUUAAUAAGUAGUAAAUAAAGUGUCAUCACUGUUAUUUUAAAUACUAAAAGUCAUGAAAAUGCAAAUAGCUUUGUCCUGAUUUGCAAUAAUUUAGUGUUUUUUCUUGGUUCUACUCUGGCAAGCUGUUGGCUGGAAAUCAGAUCUGUUUUGUUAAACUAAGAUCAGUUGGAAAAUUAACUACUGCAAGUAAAAUGGCAAUUAGACACAAUUUCUCAACAGAAUCCCUCUAAAGUAAACCAUUCCUUGACUUACAUUUAAGGACAAAGUGCCUAAUUUGACAACCUUCAGUUUAUAAACUUAUUUGUGAAUUCUGAAACUGUAAUGUCAUUGAAUUUACUUGCAAAAAAUCUGUACUGGCUUUUAUGAAUUCUGCCUACGUUUUCUAGCCAAUUUUCUUAUAGACACCUAUGAAUUAUUGGAAAAACCAGGAAAAAUGUAUUUUUAAAUAUUUGUAAAACGUGUUGAUCGUUUCUUGGAGAAAAUUAUGCUAAAAGCAUUAAAAAAAGAAAUCGGUUAGAAUCCUGAUGUAAUAUAUUGACUGCCUCCACAGUUUUGUAGCAUUCUUAAACAAACCCAAAUAAUGUUUUGAAUAAAAAAAAAAGGGUUCAA